AUGCACCCGCACGGUGUGAUGGCCAGUCCGCAGGAGGUCCUCCCGUGGUCACCCGCCUCCCACCUCGCCAAGCAGAGUCUGACGGAGGAGCUGGGGACACCGGGGGAGGACCCCGCGGUCCAGUCCGGGGGCCGCUGCCUCUCGUACUCCCCGCCCGAGAUCCUGGACAACCUCCGCGAGAGGACGCCCCCGCAGGGCCAGACCGGCGCCAACUCCAACCAGGCACUCACCGUGACGGUGCUGACCAGCGUCAGUGAGGACACCCGUCACCACUUCCAGAACAGCGUGCUGCAGCUCAGGGAGCAGGAGGACAGCAGCAGGAGCUCCCAGGGAGCUGAGGACAGGAACGGCAACGAAGGUGAGGGCGGUGAGCACGAUGGACCGGAGGAGAUGAAGAUCCAUUACAACCGCUCGGGCUCAGGUCUGGGAUCUGGGCCUGGGGGAUUCCUCGAGGGGCUGUUCGGCUGCCUGAGGCCUGUGUGGAACAUCAUCGGGAAGGCCUACUCCACAGACUAUAAGCUACAGCAACAAGAUUCUUGGGAGGUGCCUUUUGAGGAGAUCUCGGAGCUGCAGUGGCUGGGGAGCGGAGCCCAAGGAGCUGUGUUUUUGGGGAAAUUCCGAGGUGAAGAUGUGGCCAUUAAGAAAGUGCGGGAACAGAAGGAAACAGACAUCAAACACCUGAGGAAAUUGAGACAUCCCAAUAUCAUCGCAUUCAAGGGCGUGUGUACCCAGGCACCAUGUUACUGUAUUAUUAUGGAGUAUUGUGCCCAUGGCCAGUUGUAUGAGGUUCUACGAGCAGGCCGUAAGAUCACACCACGACUGUUGGUGGAUUGGUCCUCAGGAAUAGCCAGUGGAAUGAACUAUCUACAUUUACACAAGAUCAUCCACCGAGACCUCAAAUCACCUAACGUCCUGGUUACCCAUGACGACACUGUGAAGAUCUCUGACUUUGGCACCUCCAAGGAGCUGAGCGACAAAAGCACCAAGAUGUCCUUCGCCGGCACUGUGGCCUGGAUGGCACCUGAAGUGAUUCGCAAUGAGCCUGUGUCUGAAAAAGUGGACAUCUGGUCGUUUGGGGUAGUGUUGUGGGAACUACUGACUGGAGAGGUGCCCUACAAGGACGUCGAUUCUUCUGCUAUCAUCUGGGGAGUGGGCAGUAAUAGCCUGCACCUACCUGUCCCAUCCACCUGUCCCGAUGGCUUCAAGAUCCUCAUGAAGCAAACCUGGCACUGUAAACCUCGCAACCGACCCUCCUUCCGGCAGAUCCUCCUUCACUUGGACAUUGCAUCCGCUGACGUGCUGGGCACCCCCCAGGAAACCUAUUUUAAAUCUCAGGCUGAAUGGAGGGAAGAAGUGAAGAAGCACUUUGAAAAGAUAAAGAGUGAAGGGACGUGCAUUCAUCGGUUAGAUGAAGAAUUAAUCAGACGGAGGAGGGAGGAGCUAAGGCAUGCCUUAGACAUCAGAGAACACUACGAGAAGAAGCUGGAACGAGCAAACAAUCUCUACAUGGAACUGAGUGCGAUCAUGUUACAACUGGAAAUCAGGGAGAAGGAACUCAUACAGCGUGAACAAGCUGUGGAGAAGAAAUACCCUGGGUCAUACAAGCGACACCUGGUCAGGCCAAUCAUUCGCACCAAUGCCGUCGAGAAACUGAUCAAAAAGAAAGCCUCAAGCCACAAACCUGGAGCCCAGGGCAAGCGGCCUGACCUGCUGAGGUCGGACGCCAUCGUGCCCAGCGCGGAGCUUGUCGGCCCGUCGCACUCGCCCGUCUCGGGCAGCCCCAAGACGUCGACGCCGCCGGGGAAGGCGAGGUACCGCGCCAAGCCCAGGCACCGGCGCGGCAACAGCAAAGGCAGCCACCACGAGUUUGCGGGAGGAGUCCCGCGGGGGGCUGCCCCGGUCCCAGCUCCAGGCCCGGCCCCGGAGGAGUGCGCCCUGCAGCGGCUCGGCGACGCCGCCAGCUGCGCCCACAGCCUCAAGUACUUCGGCCCAGCGGCGGCGCUGAGGAGCCCUCACACCGACUGCCAGCCGUGCAAGGUGGCCGGCUCCAGCCCCGACCUCAUCCCCACCACGCUGGCGGCGAGCUGCCGGAGGGGCUCCGGCUCCGGCGGAGGGGCCGCCGCCUGCCAGGCCUGCCGGGGGCCCACCAAGGCCGAGGGCAGGGCGCGGAGGGCGGCCGGCAGGUGCGAGGUGCUCCCGGCGGGCGGGCCGGCUCUCCCACCGUCAGGACUGGCCGAGGCCCAGCGAGUGAGCGACAGGCUUCGGGAGAGCGGCGGGAGCACGGAGGAGAAGCAGGGCUGCAGGACAGGGUCUUCCUUGGGUACCCCUCAGCAACUCACCGCACCCACACUACCUCGCAAGAUGGGAGCCCUCAGAAAGGAGGAUGGAGACGAUUCCUCUGAAGAAGAGGAGGGAGAAGUGGACAGUGAAGUUGAGUUUCCACGUAGGCAGAGGCCACACCGUUGUAUGAGCAGCUGCCAGUCCUAUUCCACCUUCAGCUCAGAGAACUUCUCUGUAUCUGACGGGGAGGAAGGAAACACCAGUGACCACUCGCACAGCGGCACUCCGGACGGACUCAGCAACAACAAUGAGGACCAUAUGGAGGACAAACUGGAUGAUAUGCUGUCACAAACUCCAGAAAUUCCCAUUGAGAUAUCCAUGCAGUCAGAUGGGCUGUCUGACAAAGAGUCUGCUGUCCGCAGGGUGAAAACUCAGAUAUCAUUGGGGAAAUUGUGUGCAGAGGAGCAUUGCUAUGAGAAUUCCAUGCACUUUGGGGAGUCAGAAUGUGAUUCCUCUGAAGCUGAGUGUUCUGACGCCACAGUCCGGAGAGGGAAGGACUGCAGCUUAUCCACCUGGUGAGGGAGGCGGACAGCAAGGUCACCCAGAAGAAAGGAACAUGAAAAAUAUGGACAAAUACACUUGAAGACUAUCGAGACUUCCCAUGGGAACAUACUGCAAUAACAGACUCAGAUACUCUUCAAUAUUCUGCAACAUUCUGUGAUGAAGUAAUUGUAGAGUUCACUAUCAUUUCAAUCAAGUAUGGCAGGG